AUGGAAUGGAAAAUCCUGCAGAAUUCAUUGCUUGCCGUUUUGACCGAUUGUUCUGGGCGAUGCGCCAAUACGACAAGCGAUCGUCGGGGAAUACCGCUCAAUCACGCCCGGAAUUGGACCCAGAAAGAUGAUCCAUGGCAAGAUGUUGAGUUGGCAACUGGCAUCCCUGAUGAUGGCUCACAGCCGCUAAAUGGCCGUCGCACUCGGUGGAUCUAUUCUUUGCUGUGGCAAGCUGGUUGCAUCCAGGCCGAAAAAACUCUCGAAUCAACUUCUCAAGCCCCCCUGCUCUUUUGCCUCUCGCUCCGUCUUACCACCGAAAUCCCCUUGCCCAUUCUUAAUGUACCAAUCUUUGUCCUCGCAAGGAUCAGGCCGAGUGUGUGUGGGAAAAGCAUGGUUGUCGUUUCUGCCCAACAAGCGAAGUUGCCGGAGCGACCACAGGCCAAUCUUGAGUGCUACCAACCUGGGAAGCUCGUGUUUCAACUGAACGGAGGCUCCCGCACCCUACACACGCCUGCCUUUUACCGGCGACAAAUCGUUGAAGGUAACGCUACCUUCGGUGCUGGUCAGCAAAGGCCCACUGCUUACAUUUUCUUAAUUCCGGCCCAAUCGUCCAAUGGCAACCGUCAGCUGGGAUGUCAGUUUUUGGGCACGCUUCACUCUCGAGUCAGUUCUCCCUCUGCGCACGCUCGAACCCCCUCUAUAGCGGCGCCUCUGCGUAUUACUGGGACGUCGGAAAUGAGUAACGUCACCUUCCCAUGCAUCCUUUGGUGGCAUCCUCUGGCCGGUGGCCCGCCAGCCGUUUGUGACAAAGGACGGAGCCUCUAUGACCGGCUCAAUAUUGCUUGCAGCGUUUAUCACUACUUAUUCGACCGCAAGUCACAUAUUGGCCCUCAUCGCUGGAUGAUUGGCCCUAAUAGAGCCCCAAGAAGCUUCCACAUCAGACAGAAGCAGCGCCACUAG